AUGGGCCUUGUUCGGUACGAGUCGUGACGGUUUGACAACCGGACCAAGAGGCCCCGCUCGGAUAGACUCGGCUCUCUCAGUCGGCCUUGUUCGGACGGGCUCGGCUCUCUUCGGCGACCUCGGUCGGAUGGACUCGGAUAGGCUCGGGUCUCUCCGGCGGCCCUGUUCGGUACUGCGUUCGGUAAGGGUCGUGAGGGUUUGACAGCCGGACCAAGAGGCCCGGGAGCGCUUGGACUCGGGACGCUGGACCCGGAGCGGCGAGAGGUACCACGUGUUUGAAUGUAAACUAUGGAUGAAGAUCAGGAUGAGCCGGUUAAUAGAAGCACAGCACUGGGAAAAAUACAAAGGAAGCGGGAAAUAGUUAGCAUUUUCAGCGACGAAGAGGGAUCCAGUAGUGAAGAUGAUGAUGACAUGGAUGAGGGCGAUACAGAUGAUGAGGAUGAUGGAGAAGGUGCAGAAGAUGAUGACCUAGAGGAUGAAGAUGAUGGCGAUGAAGAGGAAGAUGAAGAGGAGGAGGAAGAUGAUGAGGCUGAUGGUGCAGCUGAAGGAGUGGACGCUGAGAAAUCUGGCGCUGCAGAGAAGUGGGCAAGUGGCUCUGACGAGGAGAGUGAGAAUUGCCCAAUCUGUCUCAAUGCUUUCCGGGAUCAGGCUAUCGGAACUCCAGAGAGCUGUGUGCAUUACUUCUGCCUUGAUUGCAUCCUCGAAUGGGCAAAGAAUGCCAAUUCAUGCCCUGUGGAUCGAAUAACUUUCAAGCACAUCUGUGUUCGUACACAUUUCGGGGGGGCAGUUUUAAAGAAGCUUCCAGUGCAGAACCCGAACCAAGACAAUGAAGAGGAGCAGGAGGACGUGACAAAUUGUGAGGUGUGUGGACGGAGUGACCGGGAAGAUAGCCUUCUCCUCUGUGAUGGUUGUGAUGCGGGGUAUCACAUGGAUUGUCUCACUCCUGCCCUUCACACUGUCCCAGUAGAAGAAUGGUUUUGUCCGGAAUGUGCUCUGAACAAUCCCAGGGCUGCUGAUGAAGAGAUCGAUGAUGAGGAGCUUGCAUUCCUCGUUGCUGAUGCACCCCAAGUGCCCACCACCUCCCGGUUACGUCCGACAGCCAGAAGGACAAGGGCCAUAGCGCGGACUCGUCAGAGUGAGCGGGUCCGAGCAAAUGUGAACAGGAGUCGGAUCACCCGUGCGCAUCAGAUCAGGGAUGUUCCACAGUACCUGAUGAAUGCAAGCUUGUUGGAUGAAACCAUCGAGAGUGUUGUUGCUGGCUUAAAUACGGCUGUCUACCACCGGCCCCUCAUCCCUCGAGUUCGAUGCACAAAGAAACGUAGAAAAAGGACAGGUAAAAAAAGGAAAAGAACUGGAACACAAAAAUCUCGCAGUAAGACCGGAACUAAGAUCAGUGAAAAGAGCAUGAGAAAACGCAGGAGAAAGGCAAGGAGAAAGAAAGGCACAAAGAGAGUGGUAAAGCCGAGUAUCACCGUGCACUCACGCAUUGCAAAGAGCCUUGGCCUGGGUAAACCUGUAAAUGGGCUCUCAUUUCCCUCUGUGUACAAGCCACUGGAACCAUCCCUGAAAGUCAUGCGGACAGACAUCGGAGCGGCUUCAUUCUCUGUGUAUGGUGACCCAAAUGACUUGGACCCAUUCGAAAGUGGUGCUGAACCUGACACUUCAAGUGUUGGGUCCCUCCUCAGCAACAAGAGAAAGGUUCUUUCCCGCUCUGCCUUGCGAUCUCAUCAGCCAGUAGCCAGGCCCAUCUCUGUAAAACUAUCCAGGAAUGGACGACUUCCAGCUGUUGGGCAGGAAGCACAAGCAGAAGCCACACCGGUACCAGAUGUGCUGGAAAGCAUCCUCGCUGGGCAGAGUGUUUUACUGAUGGAUAGCUCCAACAUUGUCAUCAAUCGGGAUGGAUCACUGAAGGCAAAAGUUGCAUCAAACCAAUCUUCACUGUUACCAUCCAGUAGCAGCAGAGCAGGCGAGACUUCCAGUGGCACUUUAUCCACCAGUGCUCAUAACUCAGGUAACUCCACAAGUGGCUCGAAAGGGGAUUGGAAAACUGUUGGCUUGACUCCUACAAAGAAAUCUUCCUCGACUGCUUUUCCAUCAACAUCUGAUUUUCCAUCGAAUCCACGGCAGCAAAUGGCUUCCAGCAACCUGCGACCUGCUUUUUCAGGGACGUUUACCCCAAUGCCUGAGAUAUCCUCUGGCCCCAGAACUGGAGAAUCUGCUUCUCUCACUGGUACACAGCAGACAGGAGCACCUGGUAAAAGUGCAGGGGACAAUCAGAAGGGAACCAGUGGCUUCACACCUUUCAGGUGGUUAAAUAGUGCCUCGAACUUGCAUAUUAAAAACAACAUGGGCACAUUGAACCGGAUCCCACCCAAACCAGCUCUUAAGAGGCUUGAUAUAUCUGAAUUCCCUAGAAUACCAAAGAUCAAGAGUCAAACCAUGCAAGGUAAUGGAAUACCUCCUAUAAACAAACUGGGGGGUGGUCACCAGAAUACUCAGGCUUCAGGGUCUACGGAGCCUGCAAAGAGUGGUGAAAGACCACUCCAGGAAAGAAUUCAGUCUUCUCUUGCUCUAGGCUCAGCCAACACCUCUGGUGUUUUUCCAGGAAGGCAUCGAGGUCAAGGCAUAGUUUCCAGCUCAUCUGCACAGAGUUGUGUAAAGUUGAUGAGUGGCGCACGGUUGCCUAGCUUGGAUCCAUAUGACCCAUUUGAACCCACAGAUGAUGAAGUUCAACACUGUGGCAAAAAGGGCAGUAAUUCGCCAUUGCCAACCAAUGUAAAAAGUGCAGAUGAUAUAUAUGAUCCUUUCGAACCCACGGGUUCUGACCCAAGUUCAUCUAAUUCCACACCUGAGAGGAGGGAAUCAAAAUGUGAAGGUGAGUCUCCAGCUUCCAGCCCUGGCAAUGUCGUGCCAGUCAGAGAGGAACCCAGAGCUGACACAGUAAGCCAUUAUUUUCAUUCUGAUGUUGCAGAGUUAUCCUAUGCUGAACAAUCUGAACCUUGUAAAAUCAAAGCAGAAGCACCAGAAGCAGAAACCCCAGCUGAGAACCCUGAUGCUUAUCAAUCUUUUGCUAUACCCUCUUUGGACUCCCACUUGGAAGCUUCUUGUGGCUCUCAGGUUCCUUCUGAGGCCAAGGAUGAGAUAUUGAGUGCAGAGUCUGGCACGAGCAAAUGGAAUAACGUGCAUAAAAGCCAAAUGCAGUGCAGCUUUUCAGUGUCUGAAGAUGGACACAGGUCUGAGCAACAGCUAGUUAACACGGACUGUGAUGGUGUUUCUUCAUGUUCACUUUCUGAUGAAGGGGCUUCGAAGGGCACUAACCAGACUGUUCCCACUGGAAUGAGAACUGAUGUAGAUAUCACUUCAGAAAAUGAGGUAAGGGACAGAGCUGAUAAAAAAGUUCACUCUCAACCAAAGGCUCGCUCGAGGUCGAGAUCAAGUUCUCACAGCCGACGUAGAAGCAAGAAUUUGGUCCGCGAGAAUCAUGGGGGCUACAGAUCAAAGUCAAGGUCAAAGGAGCGGAAAAAGGUGAGAUCACAUUCGAGAGAACGGCGGCGAUCGAAGUCCAGAUCACGAUCUCGGUCUAGCAGCUCUGAAAGGUACAGGAGACGGAAAGUGAAGCAGGAAAGGUGCAGGGAAAGGAGAGGACGUUCUAGAUCAAAAUCAAGAGAAAGAAGAUCCGGCAGCUCAUCUUCUGAUGCAUCUACGGACAGCCGCAAGAAGUGGAAGAAAAUCUCAGGCUCAAAGGACCACAAAGGUUCUUACAAGCACUCCCGAAGCAGCAGCGAGAAAGGCAAGAGAAGGCAGUAUCGACGGGAACAGAGUCGAGAACAGUAUGAUAGGCGAAGGAGGCGGUCAACCUCCUGGUCAAGGGAGAGAAGGAGGUCGAGAUCCAGAGAUAAGAGAAAGCUAUGGCCUAAAUUUAGAGAGAAGACAAAGUCGUGGUCCAGAUCUAGUUCUAGAGAAAGGAGAUCACGGUCUAGAUCCAGCUCACGGGAUAAGAGAAGGUCACGGACCAGAUCAAGUUCAAGGGAGAAACGAAGAUCUUUUAGAUAUAAGGGAAAACGAAGAUCAAGGACUCGAUCGAGAUCCAAAGAGAGAAGGAAACCGAGGGCUAGAUCGAGAACUCAUUCCCGGUCAAGGGAUCAGAGUAGAUCUAGGUCUAGAGAGAAGGGCUCACAGACAAAGUGGCAUGCCCCAGAAGUUGAAAGAAGACGGAAAUUUACUCAGGAGGAAGUAGCAUCUAAUGAGAAGGAUCAAGAGCAAAAGAGACCUUCACCCUCUGCCAGGCAUGAGUCUUCAGAGAAGAAUGCGUCAGUGCAAGAGCUUAUAAUUUCUUGUAGUGCUGAGGGCUCACAGGGUGGUAACAAUUUGUCUGUUGACCAGAAUUCUUCUCAUUCAAUAAAUGAGGAAUCUGUGACACACAGUGAUAAAGAGCAAGGAGAACCAGAGCAGAUGGAACUUCCUGAACAAAACAAAGAGUUCAUCUAUGAAAGUGAGAACUUUGGAAAAGACAAGGUGGAAAUUCCUGCUGUAGUUGAACCUGUUUGGGAAGGUUCGGACACACAGACAAGGCAAGCAGAAGCAGAAAUAAAAACUCCAAGUAUUUCCUUUGAGUCUCUCCAUGUGGGGUAUCCAGUCGCAGAUGAGAUUUCUGUUUCCCUGAUUGAUCUUUGUAAAGAAAAGAAGAGUGCACCUUUGACAGUAAAUGAAGAAGCCUUGAAGCCCGAUGAUAAACUGUUUCCCUUGCCUGUUUCAGCUACAUCAGAUCCAACAUCUUUUGCUGAAGCUGAUACUUUGAACUUUGCUAAACCAGCAAUACCUGUAGGUGGUAGACCAGUGAUACCUAUAGAAAUUAAACCUGUUAUACCUGUGGAUGUUAUACCAAUACCUGUAGACGUUAAACCAACAAUACCUGUAGAUGUUAAACCAAUUGUAUCUGUAGAUGGUAAACCAACGAUACCUGUAGAUGUUAAACCAAUUAUAUCUGUAGACGUAAAACCAUCGAUACCUGUAGAUGGUAAGCCAUCGAUAUCUGCAGAUGUUAAACCAUUUAUACCUGCAGAUGUUAAACCAUCGUUACCUGCAGAUGGUAAGCCAUCGAUACCUGCAGACAUUAAACCAUCAAUACCUGCAGACGCUAAACCAACGAUAUCUAUAGACGUUAAACCAUCGAUACCUGUAGACGUUAAACCAAUGAUACCAGUAGAUGUUAAAUCAUCGAUACCUGUAGACGUUAAACCAAUGAUACUGGUGGAUGUUAAAUCAUCGAUACCUGUAGACGUUAAACCAACCACACUGGUAGAUGCUAAACCAAUAAUACUUGUAGACGUUAUACCAACGAUGCCUGCAGAUGUUAAACCAGUUACAUGUGUUGAUGAUCAAAAAGUAUCUGUGGGCAUGAGUACAACUGAGCAUCCAAAAACCUCUGUCCCUCCCAGUACUGAGACAAUAACAGUCACCUCCUUCAAGAGUGAGCAAGUAGAGAACUUUGCGGCAGACUUGCGCUUUGAGAAGAAUGAACCGAAGCCAGAGGCAGUUUGCCCUGUUUCACACAGUGUAAUGAAGCAGGAGGAAGCACGGACUGAUACAGUUGGAAAUGAAUCAUGGGAAAAAAGGCUGGGAUUAGUGAAAACAGAGAGCAGUAAUGAGUGCGGAUUGCCGUCAACAGAACCGGUGAAAAGAAAGGCAGAGACUGAAGCAGCUUCACAAAACACUGGAGUGAAAACCAAGCCUCUUGUCAAGAGAGUAACUUGGAACUUGGAGACUGAGAAGGACGAGGCUCCCUCUGGAAGGCCUGCAAGGACUCCAAUGUCGUACAGGACACACAGAUACAACAAAGAAAGCAGCUGGAAACCUCCAGAAACAAGUCAACCAUCGAACCAAAUGCCGAUCUUUCAACCCCCUCCACCAAAUUACAUGAUUCCUCCACCUGUUUUCCCUGGUCUGUUUCCACCGCAGGCUUUCAACCAACUCAACAUGCCGCCUCCAUUCAUGCCACCAUUCCCACCACUGCACCCUCCACCCUACGCACCAGUCAGCCAGCCAGCCCCCCCGUAUAUCAUGCAGGGGAACAUCCCACUGAUCGGCUCCACUCCAGUGCCUCCGUUACUUCCACAGCCCACCUACCAGGCUGGGACGGUUCCUGCUUCAACACCAGCUCCAGAACCACACGUGUCGCAAGUGGAAGGGAACCUGGAUGCCGAUAACAAAACCAGUGAGGACAAGACUCAGAAUGAGAAUUAUAUAAAGAAAUUGCACGUGCAGGAGAGAGCUGUUGAAGAGGCAAAGUUAGCAUUAAAGCCGUAUUACCAGAAUAAGGAGAUCACCAAAGAGGAGUACAAGGAGAUCCUGCGUAAAGCGGUACAGAAGAUCUGUCACAGCAAGAGUGGUGAAAUUAACCCAGUCAAGGUCGCUAACCUGGUGAAAGGUUACGUGGAGAAAUACAAACACAUUCGAAAGUACAAGAAGGGGGCAGAUGGAGAGCCCAGUAAAGAGACAGAUGCAAAGGCCGAGGAAAGCUGAAGGCAGCGAAAUCUGCUUGGACAGACGGUUCAUUGUGCAGUGUCUUUCCUGUAAACGUGGAGGAUGCUAACGGUAACUCCAACCAACCACAGUGCCAUUGGCUGCAGCACCCAGACACUUUAUACUUAAUGGUAUUGUCAGUCAAUGUGUAACCGCUCCUGAGAGAGAGGAAAUAAUCGGCCAGGAGAGCAGCUAGAACCUUCCUGCCUGCUUGGUUUUCUUGUACAAUAGAACAAAGUUUCACACACUGUGAUGAUCUUCCCAUGAAUCUGGUUUGUAGACAUUGCCUUUAGCAUAACGUUCCUUUGACUUUAAAUGGAUUGAAUACUUGAAAAGCUGUAUAGUCAGUCUGAUUUUGCCUGUGAAAGGUGAAAGUCUAAAUAACUCGAGUUUAUAAAACAUCAAUCCCUUUUCAAACAGUCUCUUCAUUCCUGGGUAAACCGUAACAUACUUUGGCUUCUCAAAAUCUGCUCUAAACUGCUUGUCAUAAAUCAUAAUUUAAAAGCCAUAAUUGCAUCUUUUAAUGCUGUAAAUAAUAUUUGAAAUUCAUUUGUUAGAGAAUUGGAGUGCUUUCUUUACCCAGUAUGAACAGUUCUGGGUUUGUGAUUAUAAAAAUGCAGUGUAAAUGGU